CCUUUUAUAAUUUCAGAUAAGCAGUGCAGUAGCGCUAUAGGAUGCAAGGCAGGCUGUCAAUGAAGCGGCCGAAGAGUUGGCAAUGAUGGGAGCCCUACGGCACCUCCGCUCGUUGGACCACAGGGGGGAAUUGAUGGAAGCUGUCCUCCAGUUCCACUGUGAAGGCCGAAUCUAUGCAGCCCUCCAACAAUUCAAAGAAGGACUAACUUCACUUGGUUUCCUGGAUGAAGUCACCUCACAUCCACAAGACUUUGAAAAAGUCUUCCUCCAGGACACAACAACCCUAAAGGCCAGCGACAUUGUGGGGGUGUUCCAGGCCAGAUGCCGAUCCCUCCCAUCAUCAAAUAGGCGGUUGGAAGCCAGGACCAUUGUAUUCUGGAAAGACUGGCUCCUGGAGGUGGAAGGUGGACUUGCUGGACCAAUCACACUGGAGCAGGUCCUAAUUUUUGGAACAGGUCUCCGCAGAAUCCCAGCAAUGGGCUUUUCAGUGCAGCCUGAGCUGGCAUUUUUACACCCUGAAGAUGGACAUGCCAAGUUUCCCCAGGCCAACACCUGCGCGUUGGUGCUACAUCUACCCGUGGGUCAAACCUACAGUAUAUUCAAAACUAACAUGGAGCUUGGGAUAGGCUCUGCACACCAGUUUGGGUUGGCCUAAAUGGUGUCUAUUUGUCUUUUCACUUUUGGAGUGAAGUUCUCAGGAUUUGUUCAUUUGUUCAUAGUUGUUUUUUGCAUAGCAUGUUUGUUUUUUUCUGUUCAUAUUUUCUGUUCACAAACCUCACAUUAGUUUAGUUUUAAAAAAAGAAGUAAAUUGUAAUUGUCAUGUGUUGGUACAAAAUUUGUAUGAAAAUGCUAACUUAAUAUAAAUACAAUAUUAUGUAAAAUUAUAUCACACAAAGUGUAACCUAUUUAUUGUAGUUGAGUAAAAGUGUGUAUAUAUAUAUAUAUAUAUAUACACACACACACACACACACUAGUAUUAUAGUGCUUUAUUUCUUUUAAGAAGCAAUUCAAUUGUUUGUUUCAAAUUAAACUGAACCAAUGCUUUAAUGGCCUGUUGCCAUAUACUCCCUC